GCGUCUGCCAAGUUAUGCAUGGAGUGAGCUCAGGUGUUUGCAAGAUAAAUGGCUCAUUUAAAUUGGGAGCUACUAAAAUACUCUCUGGCUGGCAAAUGCAGUGCCUAGCAGCAGUCAUCAAGGACGAACCAAACAUGAGUGGAGGAGGGGAACAGGUCGACAUUCUUCCGGCCAAUUAUGUGGUCAAAGAUCGCUGGAAAGUGUUGAAAAAGAUUGGUGGCGGUGGCUUUGGGGAGAUCUAUGAGGCAAUGGAUCUACUGACCCGUGAGAAUGUGGCCUUGAAGGUGGAAUCAGCCCAGCAGCCCAAGCAAGUUCUCAAGAUGGAAGUGGCUGUCCUGAAAAAGCUGCAAGGGAAGGAUCAUGUUUGCAGAUUUAUUGGGUGUGGAAGGAAUGAAAAAUUUAAUUAUGUCGUCAUGCAACUUCAGGGCCGAAAUCUGGCAGAUCUCAGAAGGAGUCAACCUCGAGGGACUUUCACGCUGAGCACAACGCUGCGAUUAGGCAAACAAAUUUUGGAAUCAAUAGAAGCCAUUCACUCUGUGGGAUUUCUGCAUCGUGACAUCAAGCCUUCCAAUUUUGCCAUGGGCCGCUUACCUUCAACAUACAGGAAGUGCUACAUGUUAGACUUUGGUCUGGCCCGUCAGUAUACCAACACUACUGGUGAAGUCCGGCCACCUCGCAAUGUUGCUGGUUUUCGAGGAACGGUCCGCUACGCUUCGGUGAAUGCACACAAAAACCGAGAGAUGGGUAGACAUGAUGAUCUGUGGUCCCUCUUUUACAUGUUGGUGGAGUUUGCGGUUGGUCAGCUUCCAUGGCGAAAGAUCAAAGAUAAGGAGCAGGUUGGCAUGAUAAAAGAAAAGUAUGAACACCGAAUGCUGCUAAAACACAUGCCUUCAGAGUUCCAUCUUUUUCUGGAUCAUAUUGCAAGCCUAGACUACUUCACCAAGCCAGACUAUCAGCUAAUCAUGUCCGUUUUCGAGAACAGCAUGAAAGAAAGAGGCAUCACUGAAAAUGAAGCCUUUGACUGGGAGAAGGCUGGUACAGAUAUCUUGUUGUCCACUAGCACCUCUACUCCACCACAGCAAAACACUAGGCAAACAGCAGCCAUGUUUGGGGUGGUUAAUGUCACUCCGGUACCUGGGGACUUGCUUCGUGAGAACACUGAGGAUGUCCUACAGGGUGAACAUCUGAGUGACCAAGAGAAUGCUCCUCCCAUCCUGUCAGGUCGGCCAGCGGAAGGUCUUGGCCAGGCUCCAAACACAGCUUUCAAUGAGGCUGAAGUUUGGGAAGAGACAGAUGUGAAUCGCAACAAACUCAGGAUCAGCAUCAGCAAAACUCAGUGCAUGGUGGAAGAGGAGCAGAGAAAUGGCGUCUGCCCCAGUUCCCCUGUCCGAGUGCCUCCGGAGUCCCCUACCGCACAAGUGCGCUCCCUAAGAUACCGCCGUGUGAACAGCCCUGAGUCAGAACGCCUCUCCACUGCUGAUGGCAAAGCAGAUCUACAUGAAAGAAGAUCUCGAAUGGAUUUACCUGGCUCUCCAUCACGGCUUGUAUGCUCCUCCCAGCCAGCCCAGAUGCUGUCCAUUGAUACUGGCCAGGCUGACCGGCAGGCAAGUGGUAGGAUGGAUGUGUCUGCUUCGGUGGAACAUGAAGCCCUCAGCAAUGCUUUCCGCUCAGUGCCACUCGCAGAGGAGGAGGACUUUGAUAGCAAGGAGUGGGUUAUCAUUGAUAAGGAGACAGAGCUGAAGGACUUUCACCCAGGUGCUGAGCCAAGCACCUCUGGAACCACAGAUGAGGAGCCUGAGGAACUAAGACCUAUUGAAGAAGGUGAGGAGAGAAGGCGCUUGGGGGCAGAUGCUGCAGUCAGGCCGAAGACGCACGAUGGCCGAAGUCGAGGUAUGCAGCCUGUGACUGAGGAGGACAGUUCCCACAGACAUGAAGGACCUUCUCAAACAGUAUCUGACAGUAAACACGAACAGCAGACAGGAAGUCCAGCCCACUCCCCCCUACAUUCAGCACCAGCUAUCCGACAAAGGAGACGAGAAUCUGAACCUACUGGUCCUCAGAGACAGGCCUUCUCAGCACUCCCUCCCGAGUCAUUUGAAAUGAAUGGUCUGCCCAAGGCGGUGCCUUUAAGUUUGCCUUAUCAAGACUUCAGAAAAGAUGUGUCAGACUACUGGGAAAGGCCUAAGGUAUCCCAGCGUAUAAAGAAAGUUGAUUUCUCAAAUGUUGUCUUGACUGCUCCUUGCAAACCUCUGGAACAUUAUCUGGAAAUGAAUGGAAAAGAGGAGGAGGAAGAAGACCAGGAAGAAGAUGAGGAGGAGGAAGACGAGGAGGAGGAGGAGGAAGAGGUGGAGGAGGAAGGGGAUGAAAUUGACAUGCACAGUGGUUCCAGCAGCGACCUGAGUCAAAAAAGCACAGAGCGCAGCCAGGAGUGCGCACCAUCCACGCUCCUGGCUGAUGACCAGAAGGGAUCCAAAGGUCGAGCGUCCACUGCUGACGGGGACCUGGAGCUGGAGGAAGGCUCAAAAACACUAGUGCUGUUUUCACCAGGUGAUCUGAAAAAGUCUCCGGUGACCACAGACUUGGCUCCAGAAGUUGAUCUGGGCACUCUUGCUGCACUGACACCUCAGAGUGAGCGGCCACAGCCUAUGGGUAGCCAACUGGAUGUAUCUGAGCCAGGGACCCUGUCCUCAGUCCUUAAAUCUGAACCAAAGCCUCCCGUGGCAGUGGCUACAGCUUCCUCCCCCUUUACCAAAGUUGAGCGCACAUUUGUUCAUAUUGCUGAAAAGACCCACUUAAAUGUCAUGUCUUCCAGCGGCCAGCUGAUGAGGCAUGAGGAAUACUGCCCUCCGGGGCAGUUUGAGGAGGUCAUUAUUGAAGAAGAGCUGGAGGACAACCUGGUGCUGGUAGAGAAUGGAAGCAUACAUUCGGGACUGGAAGGGGCAGAGACGGAGAGCUGUGCACUUUCAGCUAAUCACAUUGAAACCACCUCAGAGGCAGUGGGGGAGCAGCUGGCACUUCCCAAUGGCGUAGCAAAGCCUCCUGAGGACAAGCCAGAGCUCGCCAACAAAGUGGUGCUCUCACUGGAUUUGGAAGAGCCUGGCAAGAUGGCUAUGAGGGAGCCUGACCUUGCGAAGUCAGCAUCGGUGACAGAACACCUGAAGCGAGCAGAGACCCUCCUCGACACAUCACAAGGCCCCAGGAGACCUCUGGGCUCCAGGUAUAGAAGUCGGAUACCCAUUUUGUUCUCUGAGGAGGACACCGGCUCAGACCUUUCAACUUCACUCUCGGCCAAAGAGAGGCUUUAUAAGAGGGCAAAGCAACCUGACUUGGCUCGCCUAGUGAUGGAGAAGAGGCAAAACCGCCUCCUUCGGCUGGCCUCAGGGGCCUCCUCCUCAGCAUCCUCCAGCGAUGAGAGGCGACGGGCCUCAGAAACCCUGUCAGCCACUGGUUCUGAGGAGGACACUCAUGACUCUGAUGACUCCAUCCCAAGGAAGGCAGGGAAGGAGAAGGCUGCCCUCCUGGGGAAAGAAGAGAGACCCAUAAGCACAAAGAGCAGAAUUCCUAGGCCCAUCACACCAGUGAAAACGCCGCUAGAGAUGGCCAAGUCUGAGAGCUCCACGGCUGUUGCGAUGGCAGUGUUAUGUAGCUCCCCCCAGGAUGCAGCUGUUGCCCAUAGGCUUCAGGCACAGAGACCAGCUGGAAGUGUCCCAAAUGAGUGCCGGACAACACAGAUACAAAGUCGGCUUCCUCCUUCGCCGAGCUCCACUUCUCUUCCUCCACGGAGCAGCUCACGGAGAUCCAGCUGUGCAUCCCCUCGGAGCCCUGUCCUUCCUUCAAGAAACCCCAGUGCUUCCCCCAGAAGCCAGCUGCCGCCUCGGAGGGAAAGUCCUUCUCCCUGCCGACAGCAUAAGCCAGGGACUGCUCUUCAGCGAGUUCCUUCUUCCCCCCGACCUCAGCCCCCAGCUCAGGCCCUGGGGCCGACAGGAGAUUCCUUGCCCUCUCCUGGUGUGGCCAAAAAACGACAAAGAGGAAAAACCCAGACUCAGAGUCCAGCAACCAAAGGAAAGCAGGUGUCCCUGGAAAGUAAGGCAGCUGCCAGAUAA